AUGCCAUCCCUCAAUCCUACACACAUUGACGACGAGCGAUGGCAACACGGCUUUGCCUUCGUUGACGAGGCCAAGGAACGACACGUCAUUGCACCAAUCUCGAAUGCUGGCUACAGAGUGAUUGCCCCAAACUAUCGAGGUACUGGCGACAACAAUCAUCCCCGAUCUGGCUACGAUAAAGUGACAGUGGCCGAGAGUUUAUACAAGGUCGUCCAUGAUCAUCUCGGCACCGAAGACAAGAUUCAUGUUGUCGAACAAGACAUCGGCGGCAUGGUCGCACAUGCCUAUGCUGCAAGUCAUGCGGACCACACUCGCUCAGUGAUGUUUGGUGAAUGCCCACAUCCCGGCUCGACNCCCUACGAAUCAGGGUUUAAGAAUUCUCCCGGAAUGUGGCACUUCACCUUCCAACAACAACUCGACCUUCCCGAGAUACUCACCCAGGGCAAAGAGAAGAUUUACAUCAAGCAUUUCUACGACAGACUGUGCUUCAACCCUGCAGGCAUUGGGCCAAGAGAUGUCGAACAUUACGGCUCCAGUUUCUGUCAGCCUGGUGCCAUGAGAGCCGGUUUUGACUUGUAUCGUGCUUUCCCACAAGACNNCGCAAAGGACAACCAGGCCAUAUUGAAACGUGAUGGCAAGUCUAAGGUUCCCUCAGCGGCAUUGAGUGGUGAGAUGAGUCUUUUAAGGGAGGUUGCGAUGGACCAGACGAAUGAGUUCUACGAGGAAGCUGUAGUGAGUAGGCAUCCAGGUACAAUCGAAUUUGGUCAAGCUCUGUUGAGUCAAACGGUGGACGUCGGUGCGAAGGAGAUGCUCGGGAGGUGA